AUGGCCCGCUUGCCCCUAGGAGUCCGUACCCCGAUCCGGCUGCGCCUCCGCCCGCCUGCCCGCUCCCGCUCGCCCCCGCCCGAGCUCCGGGAGGCGAGCCAGCAGCGCCAGCGCACGGAGAGCGAGGAGCCCCGGCCCCGCCAGCCCGCCCCCGGCCGGCUGCAGCAGCGCGCGAAGCCCGAGCAGGCGCUCCCCCGGCUCCGGCCCCGGCGCGGGCGUCCAGCGGCAGCGGCCGAGCCCCGAGCCCACCCCGGCGGCGGCCCCGCUCAGUCCUCGGCCCGGAGUCGAGCCCGGCGCGGCGGCGGCGGCUCCAGCAUCAUGCCCGGCGCGGCGGCGGCGCUGCUGGCGCUGUGCGCCCUGGCGCUCUGCGGGCAGCCGGCUCGCUCGCAGGCCCUGGCCACGGGCGUCCCUCCGGAGGACCUGGACGGCUCUGGCGAUGACGACGACGGCUUCUCCGGCUCCGGGGCGGGGGCCUUCCCUAGGACCUCAGUGUUCGGCCUGAGCCUCCUGCCCAGCAAGACUCCCGUGCUCACCAGCACCUUGACCAGCGCUCCGGCCCAGCCCCCGCCCAGCAGCCCGGGGGGAGCAGCCCCAGAAGCCUCCUCGGUGGAAUCUGUGCUCUUGCUUGGAGGGCUGCCCGAGCCCCGGCCGGCCCCCAGCCAGGAGGAGACCCUCUCCGCAUCUCCGGCCGGGACGUUUCACCCCCCCACCCACUGGCCUUUGACAGUGGGAGCCACCGGGGCCCUGGACCCCGCUCUGGGGCUCCCAAUGGCGCCUUCCCCCGAGUUCCCGAGCUCUGGAGACGAAGGCCUCCUGGCCAGCGCCCCAGGGAGCGGCCAGCCCGAGGGAAGCUUCAACCAGCAUCCAGUGGAGGAGAGCUCGGGAAGCGGGAGCGAUGACUUCACCUUUGCCCCCUCCGGAGAUAACCCUACGACCUCCCUGGAGAGGAAGAAAGACGUUGUCCUGCCCAAGGGCGCCACGGGAGCCUCCCAGGGCAUCCUGGACCGCAAGGAGGUCUUAGGAGGGGUCAUCGCCGGCGGCCUGGUGGGCCUGGUCUUGGCCGCAGUCCUGGUCGGCUUCAUGCUCUACCGGAUGAGGAAGAAGGACGAAGGCAGCUACUCCCUGGAGGAGCCCAAGCAGGCCAACGGCGCCUACCAGAAGCCUCAGCGCCAGGAGGAGUUCUACGCCUGAGGCCGACUCGGGCCCGAGAGUGCUGGGAGCGCUCCCGCCCCGGAGGCUCGCCUGCAGACCCCGGGGUCCCCCCCACGCCCGGCUUUGGCUCGGGCCUCCUCCACUCUGGCCCGGGGCUCUCAGACCUCACUGCUUCGGGCGGGGCUCUGGCGGCCAACUUGGGGUGGGAGGGUGGGGGGAAGGCUUACCCGUGACCUUUCAAAAAGAACAAGACUUUACCCCUGGUUCUUCUGACUAUGGCCGUGCCAGUCGGUCCCCCUCCCCUCCUCCGGAGCCCUCGAUCCCCACCUCCUGAGUCUCUCUCCCCUCCUCCUGAAUCCUCCCUCCCCACCUCCUGAGCCUCCCUCCUCCGGAGCCCUCUAUCCCCAUCUCCUGAGUCUCCCUUUCCACCUCCUGAGCCCCCUCCCCACUUCCUGAGCCCCUCUCUCCUUCGAGGCCCCCCUCCUUCCCAGGGCCCUCAGCACAGCCCUCUCCCCUAGGGGCCUCAGCUGGCCAAGGCUCGGCCAGCAGUGUCUCCCGCCCCCCCCCCCCACCGUGGGUUGGUGCCCCCUGAGAAUGACUGGGCCCCGGGGGCUUCUCGGCAGCCCCCCGCCGGUCCGGGCAAUGACUGCGUUCACUUUGUGCCGUGGGCACGCCCCCGCCCCCCACCGACUCUUUUGCACAUCCCUCCGCGGCCCCGGGCCCGCCCCUCACGUCUGGGCCCGCCCAGAGCGGGCCGGGCCGCGGCACUUUGGACAUAAGUUAACUUCGCCCCCCACAGAGCCCGGUCUGAGGUCCUCGAGCCCCAGCCUUGGAGUGGGGGGGAGACCAUGCUUGUUCCCCCUCCCCCCAAGAUAGCAAAAUUUGAAGUCCAAACCCAGCUUCUGUUUGUGCUCUUUGUCCCUCGCUUAACAACAGGGUAGGAAUGAUCUGGUGUUUGUUCCCGGGGGGCAGCGCGCUGCCCGGUCCGGCGCUCUGCCCUGAGCCCCCGCUCCCGGGCACUGGGGAUUGGGCCGCGCAGGGCCUCCGCUGCCUCCUCCGGAGGCCACGGCCGCGCCAUAGCCUCCCUUGGGACUGGGCAGCUCGUGGAGCCCCGGCCGACGUCUGGCCCCAGGCCGGGCCAGGGACGGGAAGCCCCUCCCCCAGUGCUGGUCCCGCAUCCGAGGGACUUUUCCGUGUACAGUAGAUUUUCAUAAUGUAAUAAACUUUUAAUAUAAAGGA